GAAACGCUGCAGUAAACAACAGUAAACAUUAGAGGCGAUAAGAAAUCUAAUUGAGCGACGUAACCAGCAAAAAUUCCGGACACUCUCUCCCGGUCACCGGUCUUCAAUGUCAACCUUAGUCAAAAUUAUCCGUCAAAGUAUUUCCAGCCAAAAUCGACAGCAACAACUACGUAAAAUGGCGAGCGGAAGGGAAAAAAUUAUAAACGGUCAAAGUGCGACCAUUGCCGUGGGGCAGAUGCGCUCCACCAACGACAAGGUCUGGAAUCUAAACCAGGUGAAGGAACUGAUAAAGAAAGCCAAAUCUGAGAACGCACAAAUGCUCUUUCUUCCCGAAUGCUGCGACUUUGUGGGCGAAAGCCGCACCCAGACAAUCGAGCUGGCAGAAAGGCUGGAUGGGAAGCUAGUGGCAGAAUACAAAGAACUGGCCAGGUGCCACCAGAUAUGGCUCUCCCUCGGGGGCAUACACGAAUUGAACGAUCAGGGGAAAAUCUACAAUGCCCAUGUUCUGGUCAGCGCGAAGGGCGAGCUGGCUGGCGUCUACCGCAAGAUGCACUUGUUUGAUGCCACCACAAAGGAAGUACGGCUACGCGAAUCAGAUACAGUGUCACCUGGGGAGCGUUUGGAAAGGCCAGUGGCAACCCCUGCCGGCCAAGUUGGUCUACAGAUUUGUUACGAUCUUCGUUUUGCUGAGCCGGCUGUCUUGCUAAGGAAGUUGGGAGCCCAAAUUCUAACGUAUCCAGCUGCCUUUACCUAUGCUACAGGCAAAGCGCAUUGGGAGAUUCUUCUGCGUGCCAGGGCAAUUGAGACGCAGUGUUUCGUGAUCGCCGCAGCCCAACAAGGAUGGCAUAAUCAGAAGCGACAAAGCUGGGGUCACAGCAUGAUCAUCAGUCCCUGGGGAAAGGUCUUGGCCGAUUGCGGCGGUGAAAAGGAUUUGGAUAUAGGCACAGCCAAAAUAGACCUUUCCACUCUUGACUCGCUUUAUCAGAGCAUGCCCUGCUUCGAGCAUCGCCGCAAUGAUCUUUAUAGCUUGACGGCUUACAACAUUCGUAGCAGGGAACCCGACACGGAUCGUGCCUUUGCGGAGCACAUGGUGGACAAACGAACCAUUUUCUACGAAUCGGAGCACUGCUUUGCAUUUACCAAUCUGCGUUGCGUGGUCGAGGGUCACGUCUUGGUGUCUACCAAGCGAGUAACCCCGCGUUUGUGCGGACUCGAUUGUGCCGAGAUCACAGACAUGUUCGCCACUGUUUGCAUGGUCCAGCGGCUGCUGGAGAAGAUCUAUCAAACCACAUCGGCCACAGUCACUGUGCAGGAUGGUGCCCAAGCCGGGCAGACCGUUCCCCAUGUCCACUUCCAUGUCAUGCCGCGUCGCAAAGGAGAUUUUGGUCACAACGAUCAGAUCUAUGUGAAGCUGGAGGAUUGCACCGAAAGCAAGCCACCGCGCACACUACAAGAGAGGAUUGAUGAGGCUCAGGUUUACCGUACCUAUCUGAGCGAUAGCUAACAAGUGUUUGAAUAGAUAUGCACUGUAAUUACCUUGUCACAUACUUAUAAAAAUAUCCCAGACGGAAAUAAAGACAUGUUGCUCUAUUGACCUUAGCUGAACCUUCA